AUGGUCGUCCAAACAUGCGCAACGCCUCCCAAUGCGAGGACGAACUACAUCGUCGACCAGUUCGAAGGCGAGCGCAUCACAAUACCCGGCUCCAAGGGCGUUUUCCGAAUGCUCGCCUCUUCCAAACAGACCAAUGGCAGCAUGGCAAUCUUCACGUCUGGCUCCGUGAUCGCGGAUGCGCCAGGCUUUCACUGGCACGAGGAAGCACACGACGUAUUCCUCGUGACCAAAGGCUUCCUAAAACUGUGGGCUGGCGACAAGUGUCGGAUCCUCGGGCCCGGAGAUUUUGCUUAUGUUCCACCUAAAGUCAUCCACAACCCUGAACAACUUGGCCCUCAUACCGAGCUCCUGGGGCUCGUAGCGCCAGGGGACUGGGUCGACUUCUUCCGAUAUGUAGGCGAGACGUACGAAGGCGUUCUAACGCCGGAGCAUGAUGACCGCGACCUCAAGCACGCCUUGAUCUCGAAACUUAUGGCGGCCAAGGACCGCUUUGACGUGCACUUCUCGCGCGACUAUCAGCCGCCAGAGGUUGGUGAAUGGCUUGCAGAGGAGAAUGUGCUUGGUAAAGCGGGAGAGGCUUAUUUCUUGCGGGCGAAUACAGGACCGAGAUGGGUUCUGGGAGGCGUCAUGUCAAGGCCAUUCAUACUUUCCUCUCAGACGGGCGAUAGAUUCUCAAUCUCGAGCAUCGAAUCCUCGAAAGCAUACGCUCGUUCAUCGCUUUCGAGAUGGCUGAGUUUCGCCACCGUCGACCACUGUUUCGUGGUAAAGGAAGGUGUCUUCAGCGUCAAGGUCCAGGGCGACGACGAGUGGAGUGAUGUUCGAGAAGGGCAGACCAUCGUAAUUGCUGCUGGUGAGACUUUUAUGAUCAAGUUCUCCAGUAUGUUCGUCAGAAUAUGGUCGUUUGCGAACGGGAAAGGUAUUGAGGAAGUGAUACAGCGGGCAGGCAAGGAGUACCAAGGCUAUGUGUUACCCGACAAACCCGAGGAUUGGGACGAGGGCAACGUCUUGCAGACUUGUUUGGACAUUGGAGCGAGCACCACUGCAGACUAG